UUAAUUAAAAUCAAAAGUAAAGUAGAAUAACCACAUUCAGCCAACGAUCAAGGAUAAUAGAUUUGUGUGUGUGUGUGUGUGUGUGUGCGACUCGAUCGAAUGAGAUUAGCUUCAACCGGAAUAAAUACAAAUUUUUUGAGUUUCAAAAAUUCCAAAUUUUUGUUAACCAAAAUUCUCCCAAACUUUUCGCUUUGAACUUUGCCGUGGCAAUUCCAUGUGCCGGCGAAUCGGCCUUUUUGCCCAUUUGCCAGUUCUACGCUUUUCUUCAAGCCAAUUUUCCGCCUACGAGGAGCCUCAGAUAGUCUUCCGUAGAGCCUUCUCGCUCAGGCUACUUUCGAGUUAAUUGUCUAAAUUAAAAAGUUUUUCAAUAUUCCACCUAUACUCCCCCUUUCCCUACUCCCAAAAAAAAUAAAACAAAAAACAAAAACACACACACACACAUUCACACACUAAUCUAACGCCCUGGAAAAGCCAAAAAGAAGAAAAAAACCAUUAAAAAGAAGCAUUAACAACAAAAAAAAAACAUUAAAAAACGUAAAAAGAAGCCAAACAAAACCAAAAUACGCAGAGAAAAUGUUAAAAAAAGCGAACAAAAUUGUUCAGACUGUUGCACGGUUCCUCUUGUUGCACUCGCAUUGAGCCAGGACUCCUAGAGAAGCCAGAAAAAGAGAGUAGUAUCAAGGAUAACAUUGUGACCAGUCGUAGGAGUCGCAAUUUUCAAAGAGUUUGGAAUCAGUGAUCGUUGCAUCUGAAUCUGAGUUGAAUUUACAUUUGCAUUCCCCAAGCCAACCAACCAAAAAAAAAAAAAAAACCAAAAAAAUACUCAUUGUCUGUCUCCCACUCUUUUCUUUUUUUACCCUCCUCUUGCCCCUGUCCUUAAACUCCUUAAACCUUCCUACCUUCCUGAUGGAUAUGGAUCUAUGGACUCCAGUUGGUUGGCGGCAAAGCGCUGCGACCACAGCUAAAGGCAGCAUCACGGCCGGCAACGGAAACGGAAACGCCGGCGGUAACGGAAGCAAGCAACAUGCCGCAAUGGCCCAUUACCGGCUGCUCCUGCUCCUGCUCGCCAUCAUGCUUGCCGCCGAAUUGCCCCAACCGGCGGCCACGCGCUCCACCAGCAGCGGCGGACUCACCGUAAUCGAUGCCGCCCGGCUCCAGGUGCGCACCACCACCUCGAGCACCACCAUCACCAGCAAUAGCUCCGCCGCCUCCUCCUCCUCCUCAGCCUCGGGCCUGAGGAAGCGCCAUCGGAAGCGGAACAGCAACUGGAUAGACUAUCGAAACUUUGACGAGAACACCACCGCCCUGGAGUGGGCCAAUCCCUGCGGUGGCAACUAUCAUCCCUCGGCGGGGGAUCGCCUUAGCCGACAGCGUCCCAGGCAGAGCUUCAAUCAGCUGAAGCGUCAUGCCUUUAGGGAGUACCGCAGUUUGAACAGCAGCCAGGACUCGGCCAUUGAUAUACGCAACAUGACCAUGUGGUCCCUGCACACGCACAACUACAAGUUCCUGCCCAAGCUCAAGCCCAAUUCCACGAUUGCCCUGAAGCGCUGGUACCGCAACAUGCAAACGUACGUCGCUAGCUUUGCCUAUUUGAGGCGUCAACAGAUACGCUGGGAUCAGCGCUCCAUCACCCGCGAGUCGAGCACCGCCCGCGAGCUGCGCGAGCUGCUGCUGAGCUCCCGGCGCAUCCUUUGUGAGCUGGAGACGGCCGUCAACCAGACGCAGAGUCCGCGCCACACGCAGAAGCAGCGGCGCAGCGGUGCGACGGCGGUGCCUUCAUUAUCGGGCUCUGCGCCUCUGCCGCAGAUCUCGCGUCUGGAGAUGAAUAAGCGUUUGAAGCUGCGUUCCAAGGGUGGCAGUGGUGGAACAAGUGGUGCCAGCGCCGACUCUAUUGACAUGCGUUUUGUGAAGCACCAUUACUAUGACUUCCUGCGAACCAUGUGGCAGCUGUUGCGUCGCGAUGGCCAGCGGCGUCCCAGGAAGCAAAGGAACCACCCACGCAAAAAGCAUCAUCAUCAGUUCCAUCAUAACCACCAGUCGGGGAAGCAGCAGCAGCAGCACCACUCGCGGAAGCAGCAGCACCAGAAGAAGCAGCAGCAGCUGGAGCAGCGCUGGCAGAGCUCCGCCAACUUGGCGAACCGCAAGGAGUUCAAUGAGGUGUCCAAGCCGAGUCUUGGCUCUGGCUCUAGUUCUGGUCAAGAAACUAUAGCAGGAGCUGCUUUAGCCGGUGCUGGAGCCGGCGGCAGAUCAGCUACCGGAUUGCGCGGCAAGCGCCAGUCGAGCGUGCAGCGCACGUGAGGUUGCAGCUUCACCAUCCUCAGGAUAAACACACACACACAAGACACACCCUAAAAUACACCCACAAAACGCAUCUACUUAGACCUGUCCCGCCAUUAAUUUAACCGUUAAUCGACCGAUCGUAGAUUAAGUAAAUUAUUUGAUUGCCAGCACAGACUCGUACGUAUUUAUUGGAGAAGACCCCCUCAGCCGUUGCCGUUCUAGUCACAUAAGAGCAACCGCCGCCCCCGGAAGUAUUAUCAUCCCCCGCCUUGCCCCCUAAGGAAUAUUAUGUGACCCUCCUCCUCCGUGAUCCUGAUCCUGAUCUAGAUCCACCACCCCGCUAGUAGGCUAAGCUAACCCAUUGUAUCUAGGCUAAGUUCGAUCUAAGCUCUCUAACAUUUUUUUUUGCUAGGCUAGCUUGUGUUUUUGACAUCUGUGAUAUAGUGCUUGACUAGUUCGUAUUUAACCUAAUUGUAUAUAGCCUAAGAUCGCCGCUAGAAAUCGAUUUUCGUAUUUAUAGAACCGAACGAAUUAUACUUAAAGCAGCUGCGAAAUAAAGCCAACAAUAAACUGUAAUCGAAAACUGAAA